AUGAGAGAUAAGCAAGAAAAAAAGGUAAUGAUAAAUGAUUUUAAAAUAAUUGGUAUCAAGUUAAAAGUUAAAACAGAAACUAAUUUAUUUGCCAGGGAAAGUAAAGUAAAUUUUGUUAAUCAAACAGCAAUGACACAAAGGUGAAGAGUUAGAAAUACUUACCAUGCAAAAAUUUUAUAAUUUGACAAAUGGGCAAAUUUUUGCGAAACGUCUCUUGGUAUUACCCUGUAUACCAGGCAUCAAAAGGGGACAAGGACGGAGAGAGAAAAAGGGAGAGGGGACUGGGAAAAGAAGGAAGAGACAUCCCCCUCACGAUUCCCCACCCCCACCCCCCCCCCCACUUUAUUUGUGCCUGCCAGGCAGACUACGUGAUAUCUAAGGACAUGGUGAGCCAGGUCAUUUAAUAGGUUUGCAUGUGCAUACUACCUGGAUAAGCAGAUGGAACAGUAUAUAUAUACAACGAAUGUUGAUCCCAAUAAAUGGGUGUGAAAUGUAAAGUCGGUCAGUCACGAGCGUGAGUAAUUAAGUCGUGCAGUGGCAGUAAUAUCCAAAUACUGACUGAGAACAAGAUAAAAAAUAGCACUACCUUCUGGAAAUGGGCUCGGAACACCAAGGAAACCUUUCGACAGUACAGAUGACAAAUGCUAACCCCUUCCUUACCACAAUGUCAAAGCUUCUAAAACUAGGAUACCAUACUGUCUCAAUAGUUUAAAUAUUUUUGCGAGCCAGGCAUUGACCCAUACGUUCAGUAGUUAACUCGGUUUCUGAAACACGAAGCACUUCCGGGAAGUAUCACUACUCAAACCCCUCCCUCUUGCACACUUCUUCCACGAACUCCAUUUCAAUAAAGUUUAGGGUAAAUCACUUUCCUUUACCAGCGAUACAAUGUUUGUUAAAAGAUUUUUGCUCUUCAAGUUAGAAAUUAACUUCCCUAUUCAAAUACGAACGCUGCAAUACUCGGAAUAUAUUUAUCAACGGGUCAAGACAUGCCUUCGUCAAAAGCAGCUUUCUUGACGCUCAGUUCAAAAUGACUAUGUUUUUCUGGGAGAAAAUAUUGCGGUUAAUAUUUUAAACAACUACGGCUAAAUUAUUUGUUUUAGCUUUUACAUUAACGAGAAAAAAGUUUGUCUUUCAAGGACUGCCUGUUAACCUCAUUUAGAUGUUUUUAUCUUUGGUUAGAAUCUAUGAGAAAGAUGCGUUAUUGACCGGAUGUUAGGGAACGAACACGCGAAAAUGAAAAAUAGGAACAAAUCAUAGCUUGGCAAACAAAGUUAGUCGUACGGCAAAGGUUCAAAGAUGGUUUUGUUCCCAUUAUUUAUUUGGUAGUUCCCCGAUCCCCGCUCCCCGUUGCCCGCACCCCAUUCCUCGUUUUAGUAAUAUCUGUUAUCAAGGGUGAGGUCAAGAUAACUAGAGCGGACAAGAUAGGCCCAUCAUGCCUUCUAGGGUAGCCAAUUAGAACACAGGAUCGCUUCAUCUUGCCCCAUUUCGGACUUAGCCGACAAAAUAAUGAAAAUUAUUAUUCAUUUAAAAUAUUUCCCCGAUUCUGAUUGGCUAAAUACACACACAUACUUCACCAUAACCAGUUUCUGAUGACCAAAUUUGGAAGAAUUUUGUGUUUAAAGAGGAAAUGACGUCAAAAAUGCCGCGUUCGUGCAGGUUAAGGCACCGUUAACCGAGAAGACCUGGGGAGGAGGUUGAGUUGUUUUGGUUGUGUAAACAAAAAAUGGCCCACAUUUCACUCAUUUCAAGAGUAAGAACUAGGCGAAAAAAAGCUAAAAACAUGGCAAAAACAGCAAGAAGACAACUCGAAGGGCGACAUCUGCUAUUUGGAGAAUAUUUCCGGAGCUGGACAAACCUAAACGUGCACUAUCGAAGAUGAACUUAGCAUCGAUGGAUCGAUGGAGGUAAGCAUGUUUUAGCCCUGUUUUUAAACUAGGAAUUAUUUUGAAUUCCCAUGUAUCGUGUGAACCAUAAAACGAGUGUUUUUAAUCAAUAAGUAUCGGACGUCAUCGUGGGCCCUAAUUUCCAAAUGGAAAUUGUAACUUAAACUAUAAUGCAACAUGUAGUUUUUUUAAUUUUUGCAGAAAACUGCCACUGGUCAGGUCAACGAUUUUAGCACGAAUAACAUCUUUGAGGAACGAUUCGAACAAGGGAACGCGUACUUACAUUCGGGCGACGCCCAUUGCGGUGUAGGAGAUUUUAAAAAAGCCAUCAUCUACUAUGAACGUUUCUUGGAAAUUGCGAAGGAAUUGGGUGAAAGAUCCGGAGAAGCAAGUGCGUAUUGUAAGCUUGGCAACGCUCAUCACGGUCUCGGAGAUUAUAAAACAGCCAUUAACUACCAUGAACGUCAUCUAAAAAUUGCGGAAGAAUUGGGGGACACUUUGGGAGAAGGAAAGGCAUAUUGCAACCUUGGCAUUGCUUAUCACAGUUUGGGAUCCCUUGAAACAGCCAUAGACUACUAUAAACGUCACCUGAAAGUGGCGAAAGAAUGGGGUUAUAAACGGGGAGAAGGAGGAGCGUAUGGCAAUCUUGGUCUCGCCUUUUUCAGUCUUGGCGAUUUUAAAACUGCCAUUGACUAUCAUGAACGUCAUCUGAAAAUAGCGCAGGAACUGGGAGACAGAUCAGGAGAGGGGAGAGCGUAUGGCAAUCUUGGAAAUGAUCAUAGCCGUCUUGGAGGUUUUAAAACAGCUAUAGAUUGCCACGAGAGACAGCUGAACAUUUUAAAAGAAAUGGGUGACAGGUUAGGAGAAGGUAGAGCAUAUGGCAGUCUUGGCAACGAACAUUCCAAUCUGGGAGAUUUUGAAACCGCCAUUAAGUACCACGAACUUCAUUUGAAAAUUGCGAUAGAAUUCGGUAAUAUAUUGGAAGAGAAAAAUGCAUAUUGCAAUCUUGGUAUUGCCCAUCAGACUCUGGGAGAUUUAAAAACGGCAAUUGAUUAUUAUGAACGUUAUCUGAAAAUUGCAAAAGAUCUGGGUGACCGAUCAGGAGAAGGUGGGGCGUAUGGUAAUCUUGGCAAUGUUCAUAGCCUUCUAGGAGAUUCUAAAACAGCCAUAGACUAUCAUGAACGUCAUCUGAAAAUUGCGAAAGAACUGGGUGACAGAUCAGGAGAAGGUGGUGCGUAUGGUAAUCUUGGCAACCAAUAUGACAAUCUGGGAGAUUUUAAAACUGCCAUCGAGUAUCUUAAACGUCAUCUGGAAAUAGCGAAAGAAUCGGGCAAUAGUUUGGAAGAGGGACUAGCUUCUUCAAAUCUUGGUGGGUCUUUUGAGUUACUUGGCCAAGUUCCAGUGGCAAUUGAGUAUUACGAGCACAGUAUCACUUUGUUAAAUAGUGUCAGAGAGCGUCUUCAAUCAAACGACGAAUGGAAAAUAAGUUUUCGUCAUCAAUACUGGUCAGCGUACCGUGCACUUGUGCGCUUGUUAUUGGCGGAAGGUAACGUUACAAAAGCUUUGUUUUCUGCCGAGCAAGCUCGAGCGCAGGGCUUAAAAGAUCUUCUUCAAUUAAAUUAUGCCUUUGAAAGGAAUGAUGCUAGAUCAGGAACAGAAACCACAUCAUUCGAUGACCUGUUAAGUUACCUACCUACAAAUACAAUCUUUAUAUCCUUUGGAAAAGGAGAAUUAAACUUCUGGGUCUGCCAGAAAGGAAAGGGUGUUGAAUGUAGAAAGAAACAAUUUACUUCGCGGUGUAAGGUGAAAAAAUUUUUUCAUGCUCUUUCACAAGGCCUGCAACAGGAAAUUGGCACAAGAAAUCUUUUGAAGUGUGAAGAUCGAUCUCUCGAAUUGGCGAGGGAUGAAAGCUUGGUAGCUAAGAGAUCACCUCAGGACGACAGACAGACCCAGGAGUUGGACCUCCAAAAAAGUGCCUUGAGUACGUUGUAUGACACCAUCAUUGAGCCUAUUCAAGAUCUACUUUUAGGCAGCGAACUCAUCUUCGUCCCUGAGGGUCCACUUUGCUUGGCCUCUUUUGCUGCAUUCAAGGGCCCAGAUUCCAAGUACCUUUGCGAGUCAUUCAAAAUUCGCGUGGCUCCAUCCCUCACAAGUUUGAAAAUGAUUGCGGACUGUCCGCUAGAUUAUCAUCACAACACGGGUGCUCUUCUCGUGGGUGAUCCUUUGACAGAGCUAUCGCCGCUGCCAUGUGCCAGGGAGGAAGUAGAAAUGAUUGGCAAAAUGCUUAACAGCACACCUCUAAUUGGAACACAGGCCACAAAGGAUGAGGUGUUGAGACGACUCGGUUCUGUUGCCUUGGUGCACAUGGCUGCACAUGGCAAUAUGGAAACAGGUGAUAUUGCCUUAGCGUCGAACAAAGGUGUGAAAAAGGGCAUUUUGACGAUGAGGGAUGUACUGCGCGUUCAGAUCCGAGCAAGACUAGUUGUACUCAGUUGCUGUCACAGUGCUCGUGGGGAGAUCAAAGCCGAAGGUGUGGUCGGUAUAGCACGUGCAUUUUUGGGUGCUGGUGCUCGUUCUGUUCUGGUGUCAUUGUGGGCGAUUGAUGAUGAAGCCACUCUAGAGUUUAUGAAAAAUUUUUAUCAGCAUGUUGUGAAAGGGAGAAGUGCGAGUGAAGCCUUGAAUCAAGCAAUGAACUGCAUGAGAGAAUCUGAGGAAUUUAGUGCAAUCAAGUUCUGGGCACCAUUCGUACUCAUUGGCGAUGACGUCAAGUUAGAAUUUAGUGGAAGCAAAUAG